AUGCCUCUGAACGCGGGUGAAGCCGGGUACGGCAGCGUGCCAGGCCUCGGGCUGUCCGGCAGCGUGGGAGCCUCGGAGGCGGCCCCGCUGCUCAUCCCGGAGACGGAGCCGGUCCAGCACUGGAGGCCCCUGAAAAAGGAGGAGCUGGAGGCCGCUGCGGGGGGUAAGGGGUGGAGGAGGGUGCGGUGUUACCUGGUGCUGCUGUUCUGGCUCAGCUGGGUGGCCAUGCUCGCCACCUCCAUCGCCAUCGUAGCGACGAGCCCGCGGCCGGUGGUGACGCCGCUCAGGUGGUGGCAGAAAACGCUCUUCUACCAGCUGCAGCCCCACCUGUUGAUGGAGGAGCAGGCUGAGGGGUCAGGGGGCAUCAAUGCUCUGUGUGAGCAGCUUCCCUACCUCAGGUCUCUGGGUAUAGGGGCCAUGAUCCUGGAGGGUCCGUUUGAUAAAGAGGCAUCUCCUUCAAACCUCACUGGGACCGGUGAAAGCUCUGGGACUUUGGCUCGCAUCCAGCAUCUGCUCGCAGAGAGCAGCAAAGCAGGCCUCAAAGUGGUGCUGGACUUCUGUGAACUGGAUUUGGCGGGAAGCGCAGAGGAGCCGGCAAACCUCUCAGCCUCACAUGCACUCCGGUUCUGGUUGGAGCAGGGAGUGGCGGGAUUUGCGAUCUGUGACACAGAUGCAGCAUAUUCAGAAAAGACUCUGCUGGAGUGGAGAGGUGUCUUCAAGGAAUUCAGCAGUCAGGAGGAGGAACGGAUUCUGGUGGUGAAACAGAUGCGAGACGUCCCUCCUCCUCCUCUGAACAACGUUACGCUGGUGGAUGUGAUCAUGAGGUCGAUUCUGCCGCCUUCCCUUCACCUCCUGUCUGACAAGGAGGUCGCCGACGCUAUAGAGACACACCUGCAAACCAGAGAAGACGACAUAUGGCCCAGCUGGACGGUUGUAGGUAAAGCAUCUCACAACGUGAAGAAAUUACUCCUGGUGUUGAUAAUGACGCUGCCAGGAUCGCCUGCAGUCCAGUAUGAUGAGGACAUCGGUCAAACACAGGCGACGGAGAGUUCAUCUGUAGCUCUCUUCAGCUCCCUCAGUCACUCCAGAGCCAGAGAAGAAGCUCUCCUGUACGGCAGCUUCACUUUCCUCCCCUUCAACUCCUCCUCCAACUCCACUCAUGCCUCUCCUUCAUCUCCACCGGUCCUGGCCUUCUUGCGCUCCUGGGGUUGCGUCCACUUCCUCAUCCUGCUCAACGUCGGGCCUGAGCCUCGCGCCCUGGAUCCCGCCUGGGCCCCGAGCCUGCCCGAAGCCGGAGUGUUUGUGACCAGCACAGGAAUGGACCGCUUGGGCUCGAUGACCCUGGGCGCGCUGGAGCUGCGGCCCCACGAGGCCGUCGUCAUCAAACUGUUUGAGGCAGGGAGCUACUCGUAG